UGAUAAACAUGACAACGCGAUACUUGCAUUACCUGCAUUAUUUGUAGUCCGAUUUCUCUGACGCAUCAGUGCGUGCGUUCGUCAAUGAAAGUCAUGGAAACGACGUUAGCGUCCUCAAGCCUAUAAAUGACGCUGACCUUCUGAGUUCUUUCCCCUUUGCGACGGGACUUUUGAGAGAGACGCCUGAAGGAGCCUUUACAGCCUCGGAAGGUUUGAGCUUGUUGAAAAGUCUGCUGUGCAAAACUUGUUAAAGAAGCACUUGCUGAAAUACGCACUUGCUGAAGAAGCCCGUGGAUAAGAAACCUGCGAAAGACGGUUCCUGGCCAGGAGAAGCACCAACAGGGUGACCAGCUGGAAGCUCAGACCAUGGCGCUUCCAGCAGAUGGAUCCCCAAAGUUGGAGGGACUUCCAGACAAUGGUAAGGAACACGGUAAGGUGUGGUCAAAUGAAACCGACAUGGUUUCUGAAGACUACGGAGAGGGGUUGAGGUUUGAUCAGCUGAGCUCCGCUGUGGACCGUGGCAGUGCUGCGUCGCUGCACUGGCACUCUGAGAUUCUUGAGAUUCUUCCCCCAAAUUUCAAAUACAUACAAGACAUUGGGGUAGAUGAGAAGCCUGAAGAAGACACGGCUCCUUGUACUUCACUUGAAUUCACGUCUGGACUUGACAAACAGGAAGAGCCCAUUUUGCGUUCAGAGAACUCCAGACCUAUUGGUACCUCGCAACACCAUCAGGUAGGUUUGGAAGAGGACGGGGCUUCUUUGACUUCUGGCCGCGCCAGGAGCAUUACACAGAAGGUGGAUGCUGCGAAGGAGGACAACCCACCAUUAAAGCUUAGUUCUGGUACAGUGCUUCCUUCCAGCUUUAAAUUCACAUUUGGACAUGACAAUCCGGAAGAGCCCAUUUUGCGUCCAGAGGACUCCAUUCCUAUCAGUGCCUCACCACAACCUCUGGCAGGUUGGAGAAAUUUAGUGACUUUUUGCCGCGCUAUUAGAAUUCCAAAGAAGGUGGAUGCUGCGAAGGAGGACAACCCACCAUUAAAACUUAGUUUUGGUACAGUGCUUCCUUCCAGCUUUACAUUCACAUUUGGACCUGACAAACCGGACGAGCCCAUUUUGCGUCCAGAGGACUCCAUUCCUAUCAGUGCCUCGCCACAACCUCUGGCAGGUUGGAGAAAUUUAGUGACUUUUUGCCGCGCCAUUAGAAUUCCAAAGAAGGUGGAUGAUGCGAAGGAGGAUGAUACACCAUCAAAGCCUAGUGAUCAGGUAGGUUCGAAAGAGGACGUGACUCAUGCGACAUCUGUGACUGGCAUAAACGGAAAGCGGACCAGGGACAGUGAUGCUGAAGAGGAGCCCCCAGCCAAGAGGAGUAAGGACACUUGCUGAAAAGGAGCUCCCAGCCAAGACUGCACAGUGGUAUAAUGAAAAUCCCAUUUGGGAUGAGGUCCUUCAAAGUAUCGGCAGAAGGAUGGCAUGGAGAUAUGGUAAAGAAUGGGAGGACGAGCCCAUUCCGUCAACCCCUCUGUUCAUUCCAUACCGAAAGACAGACCAUGAAGAUCCUAUUCUGUUAUCCUCUGUCCUCAGUCCCUCACCAAGGACAGCGUGUGAGGAUCCUGGUCUGUCAUCCCCUGUCCUCAGUCCCUCAUAUAGAAUGGCGCGUAAACUUCCUGUUUUGUUAUCCCCUAUCCUCAGUCCCUCAGCAAGGACGUCGUGUGAGGAUCCUGGUCUCUCAGCCCCUGUCCUCAGUCCCUCGUAUAGAAUGCCACGUAAACGUCCUUUUUUGUCAUCCCCUGUCCUCAGUCCCUUACGAGGGAUGAUGCAAGAGGAUCCUUUUCUCUCAUCCCCUGACGUCAGUCCCUCACCAUCGACGCACUGUGAAGAUCCCGUUUUGUCACCCCGCGUUUUCAGUCCUUCACCAUCAACACACCGUGAAAAUCCAACUUUGUCAUCCCCUGACUUCCGUUUCCGGAUGGAGACUGAAAAGGACAUAGAAGAGGAACCAACACCUUCAACAUCUGGUGGAACUACAGCAAGAGUGAGUUCCAGACACGUGUGGUUUAGACCUCGCUACGUUUCAAGUGACUCUGAUUAGAUUGGGAUCCGUAAAAACUGAGGACCUAUGUGGGAAGUCACAUUAGGACAUAUCAUCAUUUCUCUGUUUUUUUUUUUGUUUGUUUUAUUAAAGCCAAUGGGUUUCUAGCAAGCCUGUGGAAGCCUUAGGUAGCGCCUUGCACCGGGGCUUUUCUUUAUCCCGCUGCUAGAUGUAGCAUUUUAGAUGUUGAGGAUUCUGGCAGGACUCAGGAAGCCUUAGGUAGCGCCUUGCACCGGAGUUUUCUUCGUCUUUGUGUCUUCCUCUCAUCUUCCCCAUGUUUCAGGGUGAAAUAGCGGUUCUUCCCCACGCGGUGCUCUCCGAUAUAGUAAAUUAUUCUAUUCUGUUCCUCCACUAAUCCACUCUCCAAGGUUUUAAUCUUUCAGGUUUUAGCUGCUCAUCGCUGGAUCCUUUCGUCGUCGUCCAUGUGGUUCCUGUCCUUCUGGACCCCUUGUUUUUCACACUGCUUGUUGGAUCUCCUCCGCCUGUAAUCCUCCACCUUCAGCACCACCAGUCAGGUGGAGGAAGAUAAGAGAAUCCAGUUGACAAAAAAAGUAAGAAAACUUAUUUUCAUUUUAAAUAUGGAUGAAAUUGAGCUCAAAUUUCAAAAUUGUUCUUCCUUCUGUCCACCUAUAUUCUAUUUGUUAACCCUGUUGUCUUUUCUCUGGAUUUCAUUUCUACAUCAACUCAUGUCACAUGACAUGAGUUGACCAACAAUUAAAGCAGAAGACCAGCGCCGCCUGGAAUCCUCCACCUUCAACACCACCAGUCAGGUGGAGGAAGAUAAGAGAACCCAGUUGACAAAAAAAGUAAGAACGUUUACUUUUACACAACAAAAAAUGUUCAACACACAGAACGUCGAGGUCAAUAUUCAAAUCUAUUUCCUAUUUCCUGCUGUACUUUCUCCUCACUGACACUUUUGUUUUGUGUGUGUGUUUUUUUUUACUGAGUCCUUUCAUAACAGCAGAGCUUUGUGUUGAUGGAAGGAGGAUCAGGAAUAGAGCAGAGGACCUGCUGAUCUACUGGUUCUAGUAGAUUUUAUAAAUGGUUGGAUCUCCUCCGCCUGUAAUCCUCCACCUUCAGCACCACCAGUCAGGUGGAGGAAGAUAAGAGAACCCAGUUGACA